UGUUUGGCUUCCCACACAUGUAGUUCCACUCACCUCUAGUGUCACGCCCGAUGGACACCUUCCGGCCUCGCAGUCAAUCGCAGUUGGUGUGACUUUCGACUGGCGCAGUUGCUCCUCAGCUGAGUUCAAUCUUCGAUCGGACCCCUUUGCACUCGAGCAGAACAAGACGCAGUCCUAAGUGCGCUUUAGUGGCCAGUGAGCGCACUAAACUCGAUUUAGUCACGGAUCGAACGCCAUGCCACAUGCGAUCUGGUUGCUCGCAGUGCUCUGGGUCUGUGCGCUCCAUGACUGCGGGGUUUUGGGUGGAUUUAUGGAGGAUACCUACCCGGCGAGCGUGCUGGAGGAUGCCCACCUGAACACGAUACAGCUGCUGGAGAAGUACAAGCAUCCAGCGGAAACCCACCAGGUGACCACGGAUGAUAAGUAUAUCCUGACCCUCCAUCGCAUACCUCGACCUGGGGCCAAGCCAGUGCUGCUGGUUCACGGACUGGAGGACAGCUCUUCCACGUGGAUCGUGAUGGGUCCACAAAGCGGCCUGGGUUACUUUCUCUACGCCAACGGCUACGACGUCUGGCUGGGUAAUGCCAGGGGGAAUCGCUACUCCAAAGGCCACGUGAAGCUGAACGCCAAUACGGAUAAGUCCUACUGGACCUUCUCCUGGCACGAGAUUGGCAUGUACGAUCUGCCGGCGAUGAUCGAUGGUGUUCUGCAGAAAACAGGAUACCAGAAGCUGAGCUACUUCGGUCACUCCCAGGGAACCACCUCCUUCUUUGUGAUGGCGUCCAGCAGGCCCGAGUACAAUGCAAAGAUCCAUCUGAUGAGCGCACUGGCACCCGUGGCCUUUAUGAAGCACAUGAAGGCGCCACUGAUGGGAAUGGCCCGCAUGGGAAUGAACAUGUUCGGCGAAAACUUUGAGCUGUUUCCGCACUCGGAUAUAUUUCUCAACCAUUGUCUUUCCUCCGCCUCCAUGCUGAAGACCUGUAUGCGAUUCUACUGGCAGAUUGUGGGUAAGAAUCGGGAGGAGCAAAAUAUGACCAUGUUCCCUGUGGUUUUGGGCCAUCUUCCCGGCGGCUGCAAUAUUAAGCAAGCGGUCCACUACCUCCAACUGCAGAAAUCCGAUCGCUUCUGCCAGUUCGAAUACGAUUCCAAGGAGAACCAGAGGCUCUACGGACGUUCCACUCCGCCGGACUACCACCUGGAAAGGAUCAGCGCUCCGGUUGCCUUGUACUACGGCAGCAACGACUAUCUGUCGGCCGUGGAGGAUGUGCAGCGAUUGGCCAAAUUGCUGCCCAAUGUGGUCGAGAACCACCUGUACCGCAAGUGGAACCACAUGGACAUGAUCUGGGGCAUCAGUGCAAGGCGUUCGAUUCAGCCCAGAAUUCUGCAGGUAAUGCAGUACUGGGAAGCAGGAGGAGGAGCCAAGGAUGCCACCACCGGCUCACCCUUGGAGGAGGAAGUGCCCCAGCUGACAACGGAGACUCCGGCCGAGGAAGGAAAACCCGAAACGGAGGAUGAAGUUGGCAGUGCCCAGGAGGAGAAGGAAGGUGAUGUAGGGGAGUCCGAGCAGGUCAAGGCUACCACCAGUCCUACCUCAGAACUAUAGGAUCUGUAAGGAACGGAUUCAGCAUUUUGAAGCAUUGAUUCGAUGGCUCAUAAGGUAUACGUUGCACAAGAUUGUGUUUGCUCAAAUGUCAAAUUUUGCACUGACUAAUAAAUGUACUCAUGGCUGAAAUCAAUAAGCUUUGAGUUUAUUUAAAUAAA